ACUUACUAAAAGCUAUCCAAGAUAUUCAGUCUUCGUUGGCCGUUUUGCCUGAUAUACAAGUUCAAAUAGCAAAGUUAACAGAAGCUAUUUCAACUCUUGUGCCUCCAAAAGGAAAAGAGAGACUUGCGCCAAAAAUCGUAACUAAUGGGGUUUCGGGUUUUCCUAUAUCACCGACACUCUCCCCUAUGGUAGAAACGACGGGAUCAGUUAGCGAACCUAUUAAUGAUUUAACGAAUAUCAAACAGCUUUCUGAAAAAGAAACAAGUAAUAUAAAGGUUGUUGGUAAUGAAUCUCAUAAUCAUUCAAUUGAAUCAGGUGAUAAAAGUAAAAAAAGAAUGUCUGUCGCAGAGAGAAAAAAAUCUAGAAGAGCGAGGAAGAAGCAAGUUGCUAGUCAGAGCCAAGGAGAAUCCUCAUCUAAUGAGGCUGAAAUUGAACAAAAAUCUGCACAGGAGAUCCAACCUAAAAAAAUACAAGAGCAGGACCAUGCGCUUAUUCGGGAAGGGAUGGCACCUACACAGCCUGGAUCACAGCCUCCACCAAGAGUGCCGGCGCGAAAUAAAAUAAAUAGAGCAGUUUAUAGAAGUGGCAGUAAGGAGAGAAUCGAUAGGAAACCUGGAAAUGUUUAUCCACGUGAGACAUUGCAAGAUAAUUACAAUUUAUCAGUACCCACUUUUGAGGAAAUGAAAUUGAGGCCCGAAUUGCUAAGGGGAAUUCGCGCCCUGGGGUAUGAUCAACCAACUUCUAUCCAGAAACGUGCGAUCAAAGCAAUCUUAACACGUCGUGACGUCAUUAUUCAGGUGCCUCGUUCCGAAGAAAGAACUUUAACAUAUUUGAUCGGUCUGCUUCAGCAUGUAGACCCACGUAUUAAAUCUUGUCAAGGAAUUGUGCUUGUGCAUUCUAAAGAUCUAUGUUUUGCCAUUCAAGACCUUAUUGAAGUAAUGGCCAAGCACCGACAAAUUUCGUGGACCGUUUGUGUUGGCGGUUAUCCUGUAAGGCAAGAUGUUGAAAAAUUGAAAAGUGGAGGACAACAAAUAAUCAUCGGAACACCAGGCCGUUUAAUCGAUUUAAUGACAGAAAGAAGGGGAUUUGAUAUCAGCGACGUUAAAAUGAUUGUUGUUGAAGAUUCAUGUAUUAUGUUUAAUAGCACGUUUCGUACGCAGGCUUUAGAUAUCAUCCAUAGCUCGCCAAAUAGAGCACAAAGAGUUUUCAUGACGACAGCCACAACUUUCACUCUUGCCGACAUUAGACGAAUAUUGACGCCCAACGCCAAUAUCAUUCUCACCGAUGUGCACAUGAGUGAAGGAUUAGAAUUGUUUUAUACACUUGUAGAAAAAGAAGAAUUAAAGCUAAACUCUCUCUGUGAACUUUACAAAACAUCGGAUAUGGGAAAUGUUCCCAUUGGUAAGUUGAAAGGUAAAAAUUUUUAA